AUGGUGAGCUCUACGGCUGAGGCGAUGCAAAAUUAUAAUUAUCAAUCCCUCUAAAACUAUUUCAGAAUUUCAGGUAUGUGAAAUGCUCUAACACGGAUCUGAUAAUUAAUUUCGGAUCAGGUUUGGCUUCGAAAGUGAUAGGUCCUUUUUCUUCACAUUGCUCAGAAAAAGAUAGAUCAGAUACUUUGCUUUCUGGCUUCAAAUUUACGAGACUUUCUGAUAAUUGCCAUGGCUCAAGUCCCAUUUCUCUUUUAUAUUUUUUGUAUAAGCUGGAACGGAUCUUAUCCGUCAAAAUGCUUGGUAACCCACUUAAUUUGGCAUGCCAAUCCAGAUAUUUGGGAGUUAAUAUUUUAUCAGACUUGGUUAUCUUUAUAUCUACCUUCUAAACUUUCCUCCUCAUCAUGCUCUAACUCGCAUAAUAGGCAUAUUUUCUCAUUGGUAAUUCCAUAAUAAUCAAAAUUUUCACUACUAAAUUUUCUAUAUAAAUUGGGAUAUUGAUCCAAUGUCUUAUUGCAAAAAUAGGAUCGGUCAUAAGUUAGAUUA